UGGCCUUGCUCCUGGAGAUGACCUGCUUGCCAACCCUUCUGUUCAAGCAGAUGUGAAGCUAUCUUUGACUUCUGAGUCAGAGAUCAGUAAUAACAGAAGGAAUAUGGAGAAACGAGAAUCAGGCUGAGGAUCCGCCGAUGCCAACUGAAAAGCCUACUGUUCUUGCUGGAGAUGACCUCCUUGCCAACCAUUCUGUUCAACCAGAUGUGAAGCCAUCUUUGACGUCCGAGUCCGAGAUCAGUAAUAACAGAAGGAUUAUGGAGAAACGAGAAUCAGUCACUGAGGAUCCGCCGAUGCCAACCGAAAAGCCUACGGUUCUUGCUCCUGGAGAUGACCUCCUUGCCAACCCUUCUGUUCAGCCAGAUGUGAAGCUAUCUUUGACAUCAGAGUCCAAGAUCCCUAAUAACAAAAGUAAAUUGGGGAAACAAAAAUCAGGCACAAAUGAGCCAUUGAUGCAGACUGAAAAACCUACUGUUAUUUCUCCAGGAGAUGACCUCCCUGCAAACCCUUCUGUUCAACCGGAUGUGAAGGUACCUUCAAUGUCCAAGUCCAAGAUCCCUAAAAAUAAAAGGAAGAGAUGGGGAGACGAAAAUCAGGCACUGAGGAGCCACUGUUGCCAACUAAAGCAAACCCUUCUGUUCAACCAGAUGCGAAGCUAUCUUCUCUGUCGAAAUCCAAGGUCCCUAAUAACAAAAGGAAGCGGGGGAACAAAAGUCGGGCACCAAAGAGCCGCCAAUGCCUACCAAAAAGCCUACUGUUCUUGCUCCUGGAGAUGACCUCCCUGCAAACCCUUUUGCUCAAGCAGACGCAGAUGUAUCUUCCUCAGCCAAGUCCAAGGUCCUAAUUACAAAAGGAAGAGGGGGAAACGAAAAUCAGGCACUGGCUGGUGGAGCCGGAAAUCCUCAGGAUAACUAAAUCUUGUAAGUUGGAAUAUUGUAUCCGUAAUGUUCAAGAAAACUACUGGAAGAUCAUUGCUAGACUUUUCCA